AUGUCUUCGCAUAACUAUGGUAUAUCCCGGGAGGAUAGAGCUGAGAUGGAAGUUGCUCGCAAAGGAUGGGAAGACUUCUUCAAGAGAAUCGGAAAAGAAAAUCAGUACUCCUAUGCACCGGGCUCCUCUUCGACCAAUAUAACUUCUAGCAACCCGCCUGGCCCUAGCAGCUCUGCUUCGUCUACUCCCGAGAGUGAUAACGCUCAAUCUGAAAGGAAAAGGAAGUCAUCUGUCUCCGAAAACCACGAAGCUCAAUCCGAACGAAAAGACAAGCGAGUUAAGAGAGCCAGAGCCAGAGCCAAUACAUCUAUCUCAAACUCUGACGAGGAAGAGCGUGCCUUAGAAAGCCCUGAUGAUCCGACAAAGUUUUGUCCAGAAAGAUGUCUUUUCUGCAUUCAAAUUUGCCAAUCAUUCGACCAAAAUCUAGAUCACAUGAAAUACAACCACCAUUUUUUCAUCCCGGUUGAAGGCAGUCUGAGUCCUCGCGCCAUGCCACCUAUGGCAUUGAUUCAUUAUAUACACCGUCUGAAGAACAACGAUCCGCCGGCCCUGGUGGAGGAACUCUGCGAUCUUGGGGGGAGAAAACCUACAUCGGAACUAUUUUCUCACGCCCUGAACAGAGCUAUAGCGCGCCGGGAGAGGGGUGAUUCCAUUGAGGAGUAUCGUCGCAGCUUUCGGACUGGAAUCUCACUGGCCUUUGCCCUGGGCACAGCAGCCGGUCCAUGCAAGCCAAAUGCUUCUGUCACCGUCGGCUCGCCAACUUUAUUAGAGACUUCUGAAACUCUCACCCUGUCUGCGACUUCCUCGGCUGACUCUAGCUCUCUCCAGCCGACGAGUCUCUCUGUCACGGAAUCGGUAUCUACAUCAACUGAGGUCGCACCCGUUUACAUCACAUCUUCCGUCACGUCAGAAUCAGAUGCAGCGACAUCAUCCACCGUUGCUUCAACCUCCACCUCAUCUCCAGUGCUUGGAACCUUCAACGCAAUUGGCCAAGGCGGCGGCGCAAGCAACACACCAGCCAGACUCCCCCCACCACAGUAUGGCAGUAUAACGUUGGGCGAGUACAACCCUUCGGGUGUAGGAGCAGGUGUAUUUUCUAUUGAAGCAAGUACGGGAGCCCUUUUUGUCGACGGCGUCAAGAUGUGUGGCUUCUACGGCGGCACAGAGUCCGCUUCGGUUUAUAGUUGCAAUACACCGCCCCUGACAAAUGAAGUGCCUAUCACCUGCGACCAGGGACAGACGGAUGGAGGUGCUCUGAAAUGCAGUGCACCGACAAUGAAUUGUAUCGAAAACUUCAACGAUGAGGAUGAUCCCGUCUGCUAUGCUACUGGGGGCGUCUGGACACAAUUCAUGGGAUAUCAAUUCUUGAGCACUUAUUAUCUGCUCAGUAUAGGUUCGGAGGCUGCAGCUACAGGAUCAUAUGUACCGAUCAGCCUUAUUAUUCAAGCUCUUUAG